AUGGCGUCCAGUCCCAAGAGCCUCAAGAGCGACCAAGCGUCCAACCCACCGGCACCCGUUGUCUCUACUCCCGGCCCAACACCGCUCACUGCCGAGGAACAGCACGCAGCUGGUCUUCUCCCAGCUUCGCACUGGGCGAAUCAACCUCUCGAAGAUGACGUUACAGUAGAUGAUGGCGCCUCUUCACUCGGCUCCUUCACUUCGACCACCGCUUCCUUGACUUCGAGUAUCUACCAGUAUCGCACUGUCCAUGGAAGGACCUACCACGGUGAUGUUGGCAAUGCCGAGUCAUGGGAACCUAAUGACCAACGUCACGUUGAGGCCAUGGAACUCUUCCACCACGCCAUGUUGGUUCAGCUGGAUGGAAAGCUCUACCUUUCACCACUUGAUAAAAAGAAGGUUCACAAAGUGCUCGACGUGGGGACAGGCAGUGGUCUGUGGGCCAUUGAUUUUGCCGACGAAUACCCCCACGCGGAAGUCAUUGGCACCGACGUUUCCCCCAUCCAGCCUUCCUGGGUUCCUCCCAAUGUAAAGUUCGAAAUCGACGACUGCAAUUUAGACUGGACAUAUGCCGAGGAUACCUUCGAUUUCAUCCAUAUGCGCAUGUUGGCAGGAGUUGUUACCGAUUGGGAUAAGCUCUUCCGUAACGCGUUCCGGUGUUGUAAGCCGGGCGGUUAUGUAGAGAGUCUUGGUAGUGGUAUUCAUUUAUUGAGUGAUGAUGGAUCGGUUAAGGAAGGCACUGCUAUGCAUCAAUGGGGCAAGGUGUUUGGAGAGGCUGGCAAAAAAAUAGGAAGACCUUUUACUGUGUAUGAGGACGAUCUGCAACGGAAGGGUAUGGAAGCGGCCGGAUUCGUUGACAUUGAGUUCAAGGACAUUCAAUGCCCCCUGGGGGUCUGGCAUCCGGAUAAGAAGGCGGCUGAAAGGGGGCUUUGGUAUAAGCUGGCAAUUGAGGAAGAUCUUGAGGGAUACAUGAACUAUCUUUGCAAUCUCGUCAUGGGCUGGACUCCAGAGGAGACCAAAAGGUUUGCUGCCCAUGCCAAGAAGGAGUGGAACAAUCCCAAGGUUCACGGCUAUUUCUGGCUGCGUGUGGUGUACGGCCGUAAGCCAGAGUAA